AGGAGAACUUGAAUAUGAAGAGGAGGUGUGGACAGCACAGGGUAUUGUGCAAGGGAUAGAGUUGGAUAGUGUAUGCUGUAGUCUAUCACUCUAACUUAUUUGCAGACUGAAUAUUGUGACAAGGUAAUUUAUAGUAAAAUUUGGACCAGAAGACAGCGAGUAGAGACCAGGAACUCUGGAAUUUGUAAGUGGAAACACUGCACCGAAGUGAAAUCAAACAAACAGCUUCGGGAAACUACCUUUACUGCACUACCAGCUGCCCACAAUAAGAGAGAUGGUGACUGCAAUGACCCCGGGGCUCCUUCUCCUGACAGCUGUUCUUGCCGUAUGGAUGGAUCCGGCCGUUGGGCGCAUUGAGCUGAGCCCACCUCGACCGUGGAUAAAUGGCUCUGUCACAUUUAUUGUCACUGGUGUCCAGGGGAGCAUCAGAUUCUUGGAUUGGUACAGAGGAAGUGAUACAAAUGCUGACAAUCAAAUUUUUAGGCUGCAAGAAGGCUUUCCCACAAUUCAAGGGAGACGUUACUUUAAGGAAGCCAUUGGGUUUACUAAUGGCUCUAUGCAGAUUGUAAAUCUCCAGAAAGACUUUGAGGGUCCUUACACAGUCGAGAUCCAGGCGGACGAUCUGUUACAGUACACAGCACAUUUGACUGUACUUGGUACAGAAAAUUCAAGGCAACGUCAUCAGGUUCAUGAGGAAUAUGCAGAAGUAGAAAUACCUGGAGAGAGAAAGGAGGACACCAACCCAACCGUAUCAACACAGAUGGUGGUUCAGCACAUGAAACAAAGCUUAAAAUAUCAAAAUAAGCUUGCCACUGUAAUGGAGCGAAUAGAGAAAACUUUGGUGAAAGUGACUGAUGCUUUAAAUGAUCUCACUGGUUCAGUAAAGGAGCUAAACUCUCAGCAAAACAAACACAGCACAAAAUAGUCCCUUCCAGUAACACUAGAGUGGGCAACACACCUGCAACAAGAGCACAGAGGUGUAAUAAUGUGCACCAAGGGUGGGAGGGCAGUCUACUAUGCAGAGAAGAAAUUGUAACAAUCAAUUUAUUCCACUGUGCUGGUUAACAAAAUGGUGUCGUCAUGGCAGAAUUAAUUGUUUCAAUCAUGACAUGUGUAUUUAGCUAAAUAUUAAACAUUAUGACGAUACUACAUAAAAACUCUUUGAUAUGGCCUCCCAGUAGAGGUGAAACUGGUGAAUUGCCUCCUGCCUCCACUGGCCAUUUAGGAUUCUCCUCAGUGCAUACUACAAUACAUAUAUCAGUCCCAUGUUAUUUCCUCAGUGGUUGAAAAGGGGAAUUUGGAGUAGGGGGUAUGGAAAAUUAAAGAGAAUAGCCGGGAAUCUGGGGUACCUAGUACUCCAGAAACUUUAGGGAUUUCGAUUAUGUGAAAUAAAUUUUAAAUACUUUUUACCAAAGCAGCCGGUGAUCGCUGAAUUAGAUGCCGUGCGCUAAACAGUGCAGGGAGAGAGGCGGGGGCUGCCCAGCUGCUUAGGGAGCACUGGGCAUGCCCCUAAAAUGACGGAAAAUGGUGGUCGCGCCGUGAGACCCCACCCCUUCUGGUGAAGCCCCGCCCCUUCUGGCAAAGCACUACCCCCUUUCAAACUAGACUGCGCCUCCGGCGCGGCAUGUCCCACCUCACCUGCUUCCAAAGUUGGGAGGUAUGAUAAUAGCAUAAAAGAAACCACAUCAUAUAAAGUUUUUCAACUUGUGUUCAUUACCUCCCGUGUCUAUCCACCUCUUCCCUAUAUCUGUUUUAUUUCCUCAUUCCUUAAUGUCUCACAUGUCCCGGAACAAGGAAGAAAAGAUUGGUCUUAGGUGGCGCACUAAUACAACUGAUUUUACAUUUAAAAUAUAACUUUUAUUUCAUAUACUUAAAAAGCCUGUAACUGUGAAAUAUUAAAAUAAAUUAAAGGACAAGUGAAAGACA